AUGUUACAGCUAAUUAAACGACAAUUGUCAACAUUUAGUAGCCGUAUCUCUGAAUUUGAAAGUAACACGAAAAGAAAACUGUUGGAAAUACUGCCCAAGAUUCGUAGUGGUAAUAUGGAAGAAAAAGAAUUAGCUAAUCUGUUUAAACAAGUCGAUAGAUCUCCAUUUAACAAACAAAACUUAGAAGUUUGGCUUGAGAAAAAAGCACAAGAGAUAGAGAUACUUACGAAUUUUGUCAGCAUUUUAGCUCAGGAAAAGAAUAUUGAUUGGUCGCAAUCAUCACUCGACAAAGCUCGGAGCAAUGUAAAUCAUAAAUUUAUAUUUCGUCUGAUUAUUCAUGUUAUCGGUAAAAAUGACUCGUUUUUACAGAACAUGUGUCAAUAUCUUCAAGACGAUGCUUUUAAUCGAACUCAUGAAGAGACGUCGAUCCAUCACUGGUUUGAUCAAGAUGAUGCUUUUGAAUCGAGUCGACAAAACAUUACGCUAUUUAUUAAAUUUGCUGAAGCAAAUAAAGAGAAUAAAAAUUGUCAAUUAGUUGCUGAUGAACAAUAUUCUGAUGAUUUUGAAAAGAAGAAAGGAAUAUCAAUUAUUUCUUAUGAAGGUGGCCGCCGUACGAAUACUAAAAUACCUAGUGAACCAGAACUUCAUGCAACAGUUUUGGCAGAUCGAACUGUAAAAAUCGAAUGGUCAAAACCACAGUUUGGAAGUGAAACUGUUCAGAAAUACGAGAUUUAUGGCCUAAAAAAUUCAAAUAAUCAAUGGAAUUUAUUAUCAACCACUACGGAUCCAACGAAAUCAACAAUUAUUUCAAAUCUUAAUGGAAAAUAUCAAUUCAAAAUAAAAGGAAUUACUUUAUUUGGUGUUACACCUGAAAGUGAUAUUAGCAAUACAAUUGGUAAGUAUGAUUUUUUUAUUGUGUAG